GCCGAGGUGGGGGGGCGCCUCCCUCCUCCUCCUCGGCCCCGGGGUCUGGAGCAAACGAGACCCCUUGCCCCAUCCUCACGGCCGUGACCCCCGAGGUCAGUGUGGCCGUGAGCUUCCGACCAUCUGGCUCCUUAGGAGAUGGGGCGGGUCUGGGGCCAGGGACUAUAAAGGAUGGGUAGUCCUGGCCCUGGGCAUGACCAGCCCAGCCGGAGCCAUGGCUUGCCCCCGUGUGCUCUUCUCCCUGCUCGGCCUGCUCGCCCUGGCGUCGGCCUGCUACAUCCAGAAUUGCCCCUUAGGGGGCAAACGGGCCCUUCCAGAUCGGGACAGCAGGAAGUGCCUGCCCUGUGGCCCUGGGGGUAAAGGGCGCUGCUUCGGGCCCAACAUUUGCUGCGGCGAGGAGCUGGGCUGCUAUGUGGGCACGGCCGAGGCCCUGCGCUGCCAGGAGGAGAACUACCUGCCCUCUCCGUGCCAGGCCGGACACAGGCCCUGCGGCCGCGACGGGGGCACCUGCGCCGCACCGGCCAUCUGCUGCAGCAGUGACGGAUGCAGCGUGGACCCUGUCUGCGAGCAUGAGCCGGAGUUUCCCUAGGCUGGACAUCGGCGGCCGGGGGGCGGGGGACUAAAUUGGAAGAGAAAUAAAGGAGAUUUUAUGUGAUGCA